AUGGAUAUCGUUAUUGCAGUUGCAGCAGAAAUUACAAAGUACACUAUUAGACCAGUUGGACAGUGGCUAUGUUAUUCAUGUCACUACAAGAGCAACAUGGAGAAUCUGAAGGAGCUGGAGAAGACGUUGCGUGAUGCUAAGAACAGGGUUCAACACGACGUUGACACUGCUUCAAAUAACGGCGAUGAAAUUCACAAUGAUGUAAAAACGUGGUUGUCAAAGGUGGAUGGUAUGAUACAUCAAUUGGCCACCAAGGAACUUGGUGGAGGUGAAGAAGAAGAGGAAUCGAGGAACUCUAAUGCGUCAUGCCUGAACUUGAAGCAACGACAUCAGAUAAGCCGGGAAGCAAAGGAGAUGGUGGAUAAUAUUACAAAACUUCUUAAAGAAAAGCCAAACCUCGUCGACGGAGUUUCCUAUCGUCCUGCUGCUCAAGAAAUAGUGACUCCAACAAACGUGGAUUACAUGACUUUGGAUUCGAGGAUAUUAAUUACGAAGAGAAUUAUGGCGGCAUUGGGAGAUGCUAAUAUCAACAAGAUCGGCGUGUGGGGGUCACCUGGAGUUGGAAAGAGUACACUUAUGAAAGAAAUUUUCAAGAAAGCCAAGGAAGAAAGCUUCUUCGAUGAGGUGGCUAAGGCAAAUGUGACAGACAGCCCAAACCUAAGUCGAAUUCAAGAAGAAAUUGCAGACAUGCUAGAUCUAAAGCUUGAUCCUAAUUGUAAAACUGAAAUGGUAAGAGCAGGCCAUCUACGGGCGAGGUUAGAAAAAGACAAGGAGAAAAAGAUACUUGUUAUCUUGGAUGAUAUAUGGAAGCGACUUGAUUUGGAGGAAAUAGGAAUUAUUCCUUCCGAAAGAUGCAAAGUACUACUCACAUCCAGAGAUCGACAUGUACUAUCUUCUGAGAUGGUCACCGAAGAGAACAACUUUAAACUCGACAUUUUAGGAGAACAAGAAGCAUGGAACUUAUUCGAAAAGAUGGCAGGUGAUUCUGUCAAAGAUGAUCUUGAUUUGCGAAACGAAGCAAUUAAGGUAGCUACAGCAUGUGGAGGUCUUCCUAUUGCACUUGUAACAGUUUCUAGGGCAUUAAAGGAUCAUAAGAAUUUGAAAAUUUGGAAGGAUGCCUUGGAGCAACUAACAAGACCCCCUCCAGAACAUGACACAGAAAUAUGGUCACCCGUAUAUACUUGUAUACAACUGAGCUAUAAACAUCUUGUUGGAAGAGAGCUCCAAUCCCUCUUUUUGCUUUGUGCUCGACAAGGUUACUACAUUUCCUAUCGGGACUUGUUGAGAUAUGGUUUCAGUCUGUGUUUAUUCCAUGGCAUUCAUACAUUGGAUGGAGCAAGAAACAGACUAGAAUAUUUAGUUAGCAAGCUCCAAGAUGCUUGUUUGCUUCUACAAAGUCCUCGUAGCUCAGAGGAAUUUUACAUGCAUGAUGUUGUUCGUCACGUCGCUACAAACAUUGCGUCAAAUGAUCAUAAUAUGUUUGUCAUGAGAGGCGAUGGUGGGCCAAAAACAUGGCCAAAUGUGGAUUCACUAAAAAGAUGCGAGGCGCUCUCUAUUCAUGGUGGAGAGCAUAUCCAUAAAUAUCCCAAUAAAAUAGAAUCUCCUAAAUUAAGAUACUUUCAUGUCCAGUGUAAACCUCGAUAUCCGGAAACCCCAAGCAGCUCCUUGCAAGGGAUGGACAAGCUUGAAGACAUUUUCUUCCAAGGGAUGGAGAAGCUCGAAGUUUUGAGUUUGACAAAUAUACAACUUUCAUCACUUUUGCCACUUGCAAACCUACAAACAUUGUGUCUAGAUGGAUGUAAGUUGGAAGAUAUUCAUUGGAUUGGAAAACUCAAGACUUUAGUAAUUCUUAGUCUUGCUAGUUCUGACAUUUCAAACUUGCCAGGAGAAAUAGGGUCAUUGACUGGUUUGCGGUUAUUGGAUUUGACCAAUUGUUCCGAACUUAAAGUGAUUCCUCCUAAUGUCUUGUCAAGCUUGGUCAAGUUAGAAGAAUUGUAUAUGCGAAACAUCAAAGUCCAAUGGGAGGUUGAAGGACCCAAUAAUGAAGGAAAAAAUGCUAGCCUUGCAGAGCUAAAGCAUUUGUCAGAUUUGAUCACCUUAGAGAUAGAUAUUAUUGAAGUUGCCAACAAGCUACCGAAAGAUUUGUUUUCAAAAGAGCUUGAGAGAUACAAGAUACGCAUUGGAGAUGGCCAGGAUGGGCAUCACAUUUUUUAUAUGGCCGCCUUCUCAAGAACGUUAGAACUCAAACUGAAUAUGAGCAACUUCCAAUUGGACUUUGGGAUCAAAAUGCUACUGAAGGGGACAGAAUAUCUUUAUUUAGACGAGUCGAACAGUACUAAGAGUGUCUUAUAUGAAUUAGAUAGAGAAGAUUUUCAACAACUGAAGCAUCUCCAUAUCCAAAAUAAUGAUAUUAUUAUGCAUCUCUCUGAGUUGAGGACAUCCUUCAAAUACUUGAAAGUUUUAGAGGUGGAUAACUGUGAGAAAUUAAGAUUUAUCUUCUCAUUAUCGAUAGCCAGAGGCCUUUCACUACUUGAAGAAUUGAGGAUAAGAAGAUGCAACAACUUGGGUGCAAUAUUCGUGAAAGAAGAAGAAGAUCACGGAAUAGAAGAGGUGUUUUGUCGACUGCAAACCUUGGAGCUAUGGGAUCUUCCAAAGCUCGUGAGCUUCUUAAGCACAAGAGAAACCAAUUCGGAAGGCAACAACCAUGAUCUUCAGGUGCCGCUUCUACAUCAUCAGCUUUCCUUCCCAAGUUUGAAAGAACUGCAUCUGCAACACCUGCCCAAAAUAAAGCAUGUUUGGAGUAAUGUUAAUGGAUGUGAGAGUUUGAAAAGUCUAACGCAUUUGAAGUCUCUCAAGAUAACAAAUUGUGGGGUGCUGGAGGAAAUUGUCCAGAGAGAAGACGGGAUAGAUCCAACAUCAACGAGGCUUUUAUUCCCCAACCUAACUUUGCUAAGCCUUGAUGAGCUGCCAAAACUCAAGUGGUUUUUCCAAGGGGUGUGUACUUUGGAAUCGUCGUCAUCCAAGGAAUUACAUGAGCAGGGAGGCACACUUUUCAGGCUUGAAGAGUUUUCCUUCCCUAGUUUGAAAACCCUGCAGCUGGUAGGUCUGCCCAAAAUAAAGCAUGUUUGGAGUAAAGAAAUCUUCAGGUUUCCAGAUCUACUUACUUUACGUGUUGCCAGAUGUGAGAAUUUGAAAAGUUUGUUUCCAGCAGCCGUAGUGGCAACAAGUCUAACGCAAUUGAAGUAUCUCGAUAUGAGAAAUUGUAAGGUACUCGAGGAAAUUGUCCAGAGAGAAGACGGGACGGAUCCAACAACGAGGUUUUUACUCACUAGCCUAACUUUGCUAAGCCUUCAUGGGUUGCCAAAACUCAAGCGGUUUUUUCAAGGGGUGCAUACUUUGGAAUCGUCGUCAUCUAAGGAAUUACAUGAGCAGGGAGGCACACUUUUCGGGGUUAAUGAGUUUUCCUUCCCUAAUUUGAAAACCCUGCAGCUGGUAGGUCUGCCCAAAAUAAAGCAUGUUUGGAGUAAAGAAAUCUUCAAGUUUCCAGAUCUACUUGAUUUAUAUGUUGCCAGAUGUGAGAAUUUGAAAAGUUUGUUUCCAGCAGCCGCAGUGGCUACAAGUCUAACGCAAUUGAAGUCUCUCAAUAUAAGAAAUUGUGAGGUACUGGAGGAAAUUGUCCAGAGAAAAGACGGGACGGAUCCAACAACGAGGAUUUUAUUCACUAGCCUAACUUUGCUAAGCCUUGAUGGGUUGCCAAAACUCAAGCGGUUUUUUCAAGGGGUGCAUAAUUUGGAAUCGUCGUCAUCUAAGGAAUUACAUGAGCAGGGAGGCACACUUUUCGGGGUUAAUGAGCUUUCCUUCCCAAGUUUGAAAGAACUGCAUCUGCAACACCUGCCCAAAAUAAAGCAUGUUUGGAGUAAUGUUAAUGGAUGUGAGAGUUUGAAAAGUCUAACGCAUUUGAAGUCUCUCAAGAUAACAAAUUGUGGGGUGCUGGAGGAAAUUGUCCAGAGAGAAGACGGGAUAGAUCCAACAUCAACGAGGCUUUUAUUCCCCAACCUAACUUUGCUAAGCCUUGAUGAGCUGCCAAAACUCAAGUGGUUUUUCCAAGGGGUGUGUACUUUGGAAUCGUCGUCAUCCAAGGAAUUACAUGAGCAGGGAGGCACACUUUUCAGGCUUGAAGAGCUUUCCUUUCCUAGUUUGCAAAGCCUGCGGCUGGGAGGUCUACCCAGAAUAAAGCAUGUUUGGAGUAAAGAAAUCUUUAGGUUUCCAGAUCUACUUGAUUUACAUGUUGCCAGAUGUGAGAAUUUGAAAAGUUUGUUUCCAGCAGCCGUAGUGGCUACAAGUCUAACGCAAUUGAAGUCUCUCAAGAUAAGAAAUUGUGAGGUACUGGAGGAAAUUGUCCAGAGAGAAGACGGGACGGAUCCAACAACGAGGUUUUUACUCACUAGCCUAACUUUGCUAAGCCUUCAUGGGUUGCCAAAACUCAAGCGGAUUUUUCAAGGGGUGCGUACUUUGGAAUCGUUGUCAUCUAAGGAAUUACAAGAGCAGGGAGGCACACUUUUCAGAGUUAAUGAGCUUUCCUUUCCUAGUUUGCAAACCCUGCGGCUGGAAGGUCUACCCAGAAUAAAGCAUGUUUGGAGUAAAGAAAUCUUUAGGUUUCCAGAUCUACUUGAUUUACAUGUUGCCAGAUGUGAGAAUUUGAAAAGUUUGUUUCCAGCAGCCGUAGUGGCUACAAGUCUAACGCAAUUGAAGUAUCUCGAGAUAAGAAAUUGUGAGGUACUGGAGGAAAUUGUCCAGAGAGAAGACUGGACGGAUCCAACAACGAGGAUUUUAAUCACUAGCCUAACUUCGCUAAGCCUUGAUAGGUUGCCAAAACUCAAGCGGAUUUUUCAAGGGGUGCGUACUUUGGAAUCGUCGUCAUCUAAGGAAUUACAAGAGCAGGGAGGCACUCUUUUCAGAGUUAAUGAGCUUUCCUUUCCUAGUUUGCAAACCCUGCGGCUGGAAGGUCUACCCAGAAUAAAGCAUGUUUGGAGUAAAGAAAUCUUUAGGUUUCCAGAUCUACUUGAUUUACUUGUUGCCAGAUGUGAGAAUUUGAAAAGUUUGUUUCCAGCAGCCGUAGUGGCUACAAGUCUAACGCAAUUAAAGUCUCUCGAGAUAAGAGAUUGUGGGGUACUGGAGGAAAUUGUCCAGAGAGAAGACGGGACGGAUCCAACAACGAGGAUUUUAUUCACUAGCCUAACUUCGCUAAGCCUUGAUGGGUUGCCAAAACUUAAGUGGUUUUUCCAAGGGGUGCGUACUUUGGAAUCGUCGUCAUCUAAGGAAUUACAUGAGCAAGGAGGCACACUUUUCGGGGUUGAUGAGGAAAUUAGAAUUAAUGAUUGUGGGGUACUGGAGGAAAUUGUUGAGGCUGAAGGAGGAGAAGCAAUGGGAAGGAUGUUGGAGUUCGAGUUCCCUCAAGUAACUUCUUUGGUUCUUGAAAAUUUACCGAGACUUGAGUGUUUUUACAAGGGACUGCAUAUAUCAAAAUGGCCGAUGCUGAAAAAGAUAUCGAUUGAAAUAUGCAAGAAAGUUGAGGUAUUUGCUUCAGGACUUGUGAGUUUUGAAAAAACAGUUGAAGAGAGGCAGGACUCUCAGAUAUCAAUUAAACAACCCCUUUUCUCAGUGGAUGAGAUGUCAUUCCCGAGCUUGGAGUCAUUGGUCAUUUCAAAAUUGGAGAAGUUGGAAAUUAUUUGGUACGGGACAGUCGCCGCAAGUCUAACUACACUAAAAAUAAGUGAUUGUGGUUCGUUAGAAGAUGUAUUUGAACAACAUGUGGGGCAAAAUGACAGCUUUCCAAAUCUACUUGAUAUUCAUGUUAAGGGAUGUGAGAGUUUGAAAAGUUUGUUUCCAACAGCCUCAGCGGCUACAAGUCUAACGCAAUUGAAAUCUCUAGAGAUAAAAGAUUGUGGGGUAAUGGAGAAAAUUGUCUCGAGAGAAGACACGACAGAUCCAACAACUAGGAUUUUAUUCACCAGCCUAACUCGUCUAAGCCUCGAGGGGUUGCCAAACCUCAAGUGGUUUUUCCAAGGAGUGUGUACUUUGGAAUCGUCAUCAUUCAAGGAAUUACAUGAGCACGAAUGCACACUUUUCAGGAUUGAAGAGGUUGCCUUUCCUAAAUUGACAACAUUUUAUCUACGGAAUCUACCCAAAAUAAAGCAUGUAUGGAGUAAAGACUCCCAAACAAUUCUCAAGUUUCAGAAUCUACAAGAAAUUGAUGUUUCGAAAUGUGCGAGUCUUAAAAGUUUGUUUCCAGCCUCAAUCGGUACUUGUCUUGAGCAAUUGAAGGAAAUUAGAAUUAAUGAUUGUGGGGUACUGGAGGAAAUUGUUGAGGCUGAAGGAGGAGAAGCAAUGGGAAGGAUGUUGGAGUUCGAGUUCCCUCAAGUUACUUCUUUGGUUCUUGAAAAUUUACCGAGACUUGAGUGUUUUUACAAGGGACUGCAUAUAUCAAAAUGGCCGAUGCUGAAAAAGAUAUCGAUUAAAUUAUGCAAGAAAGUUGAGGUAUUUGCUUCAGGACUUGUGAGUUUUGAAAAAACAGUUGAAGAGAGGCAGUACUCUCAUAUGUCAAUUAAACAACCCCUUUUCUCGGUGGAUGAGAUGUCAUUCCCGAGCUUGGAGGAAUUGGACAUUUCUAAAUUGGAGAAGUUGGAAAUUAUACAGUACAGGGCAGUCGUCGCAAGUCUAACUACAAUAAAUAUAAGUGACUGUGGUUCGUUAGAAGCUGUAUUUGAACAACAUGUGGGGCAAAAUGGUAAGGAAUCCCAUGCUUUAACAGCAACUCAACGUCUAAGAAAGAUGUACUUGAGUUCUCUACCAAAACUGAGAAACAUAUGGAAUACCAAGGACUCCCGUCAACGCCAUAUGUACAGCUUUCCAAGUCUACUUGAUAUUCAUGUUCAGGGAUGUGAGAGUUUGAAAAGUUUGUUUCCCGCAGCCUCUGCGGCUUCAAGUCUAACGCAAUUGAAAUCUCUAAAGAUAGAAGAUUGUGGGGUGAUGGAGGAAAUUGUCCAGAGUGAAGACGGGAUAGAUCCAACGUCAACGAGGCUUUUUUUCCCCAGCCUAACUUUUCUAAGCCUUGGUAGGUUGCCAAAACUCAAGUGGUUUUUCCAAUGGGUGCGUUGUUUGGAAUCUUCGUCGUCCAAGGAAUUACAUGAGCAGGAAGGCACACUUUUCGGAAUUGAAGAGGAAAUUAGAAUUAAUGAUUGUGGGGUACUGGAGGAAAUUGUUGAGGCUGAAGGAGGAGAAGCAAUCGGAAGGAUGUUGGAGUUCGAGUUCCCUCAAAUGUCAAUCCCGAGCUUGGAGACAUUGGAAUCUCUAAAGAUAAAAGAUUGUGGGGUAAUGGAGGAAAUUGUCGCUAGAGAAGAUGGGACAGAUCCAACAGCGAGACUUUUAUUCCCCAGACUAACUGUUCUAAGCCUUGAUGGGUUGCCAAAACUCAAGUGGUUUUACCAAGGAGUGCGUACUUUGGAAUUGUCGUCGUCCAAGGAAUUAGAUGAGCAUGGAGGCACACUUUUCGGGAUUGAACAGGUUGCCUUCCCUAAGUUGACAAAUCUGAAUCUAUGUGGUCUACCCAAAAUAAAGCAUGUAUGGAGUAAAGAAACAUUUGAAGACUGGUCUCGGAUGUCAAUUAAACAACCUCUUUUCUUGGUGGAUGAGACGCCAAUCCCGAGCUUGGAGAUAUUGAAAAUUUCUAAAAUGGAAAAGUUGGAAAUUAUAUGGAAUAUCAAGGACUCCCAUCAACGCUAUAUGUACAACUUUCCAAAACUACUUCAUAUUGAUGUUUCAUUAUGUGAGAGUUUGAAAAGUUUGUUUCCAGCAGCCUCGGUUGCUGCAAGUCUCAAGAAAUUGGAGUCUCUCAUAAUAACAGGUUGUGGGGUAUUAGAGGAAAUUGUCGAGAGAGAAGACGGGACAGAUCCAACAACGAGACUUUCAUUCCCCUGCCUAAUUUGUCUAGGGCUUUAUGGGUUACCAAAACUCAAGUGGUUUUUACAAGGGGUGCAUACAUUGGAAACGUCGUCGUCCAAAGAAUUGCUUGAGCAGGAAGGCACUCUUUUCAUGGUUGAAGAGGUUGACUUCCCUAGUUUGAAACUACUGGAUCUGUAUGGUUUACCCAAAAUAAAGCUUGUAUGGAGUAAAGACUCUCAAACAAUUCCCAACUUUCAAAAUCUACAAGUUAUAAUUGUUGGGAAAUGUGUGAGUCUGAAAAGUUUGUUUCCAGCCUCGAUUGUUAAAUGUCUUGAGCAAUUGGAGAAAAUUAAGAUUUAUGAUUGUGGGGUGGAGGAAAUUGUUGCGGCUGAAGAAGGAGAAGCAGUAGAAAUGACGUUGGUGUUCCCUCAAGUAUCUUCUCUAUGUCUUGAAAAUUUAGAGAGACUUGAGGGAGUGCAUGAUGCAAAAUGGUCGAUGCUGAAACAGACACGGAUUCUUGAAUGCGAGAACAUUAAGGAAAAAAAGGAGGAAGCAGAGACUCCUGCAGAGACUCCUACUGAACCAGAAUCCAACAUGAAGGAAGAAGAAGAUAACAAAAACGAAUCAGACUCUCCUGUCGAGGCACCUAUGAACCAGAUUAUAAAAAGAAGGAAACAGAGGUAUCUACUGGACCAGAGUCGUCAAAAAAGAAAAUCCCGAAAUCAUUAA